AUGGCCUCCCGACUCGGAGUUCUUAGCAAUCAGGAGGCCCUCGAGCGUCUGCCGCCGGACGCGCAGGCUGUCAUGAGAGUUAAAUUCAUGAAGUCAUACUACGAGCAGGAAUCCAAACUUGACCCUUCCACAUUGAUGCGCCACAUGUCGUCACUGGACCCUGCGGACAUGCAGGUCGUAGCGUCCGCCUUCGCAGGUUUGGAGCCGUCUGACGGGCAGCUGUCUGCCUUCGAUUAUACGAAAGCUCCCAUGCGCAGGGAUUCGUACUGGCUCAUGCAGUCCUAUCCCACGGGGUUUCAAGGGAUUGAAAAUCCUGAUCAUUGUAGCACAAAAUAUUUCCCGGGAAGCAUACCUAUAUAUGAGGUCACAAUCAAUGACGAUCAAUACAUGAUCCUCCUGCAGGAGCAGUGUCCAGAGGACGGUGAGCCACCGUCCGACUUGUUACUGAAGUACCUCAAACGGGCUAUUGCUUCACCUCUCCUACCGAAGACCCCUUCUCUUCCCAAUGUUCUAUGGUUUCAUCGUGAUCUCAGUCGCCACAUUGAUGCCUUCUGUCCGUUCCUGGAAACUCUUCCUGCGCCGUUCAGCUGGCGCGUGCAGCCGCCCGACGAAGGGGGAGAUACUUCAGCAUACGGUGGCGUGGACAUGAGCAGCAUCGCGAGGUCGAUUAGGCGCGCUGAAGAAGAGAAACGUCUCGGCAAUGCCGCUUUUGGCCGUAAAAACUGUACCACCGCAAUCAAGCACUAUUCCAAGGCGCACGACCUCCUCACUGACGCUGGCUCCCGGGAUCCUACGGAUGAAGAGAAGCCAGAUCUUAACCGGUCUCUAGCUAUCUGCCUUGCGAAUCGAGCAGCAGUGUGGGUGAUGGAAGGCCCGCACCACAACCCAGAGGCAGCGUUGCAAGACGCAAAACAAGCUACUGAGUUCUACCCGGACUACGGAAAGGCGUACUAUCGUCAAGCGAAGGCAUACUCUCUGAAGGGCGCCCGCGACAAGUCGAUCAAUGUCCUCGUCAGGGCGCUCAAGAGGCCGAAACUUGCAUCCGACGAGGGGUUGAUCGAGGCACUCGCCGAUGCCUAUGGCGGAAUACCUGAAUCACCUGAUGAGCUGCGCUUGUUCUGCCAUCGACUCUUCAUCGACAGGAACGGCGACCGUCGUGCUCGGAAUGUUCCAGGGUUCGUGCGUAAGGUGGAUGCGCACGUUCAGAAGAUUCUGGGGCCAGACUUCUCCGCCACUGCAGUCUGA